AAAACACAUCACUUUUGAGGAGCUAGUAUUUCAUUGUGAUGAGGAAGCUAUCUGCUGGAGCCACAGGGCAAUGCACUGGGGAAGAGAUGGUCACGCUUAUUAUUAGCUGAAGGAAACCUAGAUCUUAGGAGCUUUCUUGGUGACAAUUGGAGAUAAAGGGAAUGGAGGAAGAAAGCUGUCAGUUUGACAGAGAUCUCCGUGGAUGUUGAUUGAGAUAGUGACACUUCAUCUUGGGUACUGAAACAACCUCUGAUUUUCACAGCCAGGUUCUAGCUUACUGCUUAUAGUUAGCUACACUGGUGGAAAAAGGCUGAGAGGUUGUUCUCUGCCAAGGCUCCAAGAUGGCAACUCUUUCACUGAAAGUAAGCAUUGUGGGGAGCAACAUUGUGAAGACAAUGCAGUUUGAGCCCUCCACCAUCAUAUAUGAUGCCUGUCGAAUGAUAAGAGAAAGAAUACAGGAGGCAAACCAAGGAAACCCUGCUGACUAUGGCCUGUUUCUGGCAGAUGAAGACCCCAAAAAGGGGGUGUGGUUAGAGCAGGGCAGGACCCUAGAGUAUUAUUUAUUGAGGAAUGGGGAUUUGCUGGAGUACAAGAAGAAGCAGCGUAUCCUGCGAGUACGUAUGUUAGAUGGUACAGUGAAGACGCUGCAGGUGGAUGACAGCCAUACCUUAGGACAGCUUAUGGUCACCAUUUGCACCAGAAUAGGUGUAACGAAUCAUGAUGAGUUUUCAUUGGUGAGAGAUUUGUCGGAGGAAGAGAAGGAAAAGACGCUGACAUUGAGAAGAGGCCAGUCUUUGGCCAGGGACCAGAAAAAAUUAGAUGAAUUGAAGAAGAAGCUGCAUACAGAUGAUGAAUUGAAUUGGCUGGACCAUUCUAAGUCCCUGAGAGAAGAAGGAGUUGAGGAGAAUGAAACUUUAUUAUUGAGGAGGAAGUUUUUCUUCUCUGACCAGAAUGUGGAUGCCAGGGAUCCCGUACAGCUUAAUCUGCUAUAUGUACAGAGUCGUGAUGGUAUUUUGAAUGGCACUCACCCGGUCACACAGGAAGAGGCUGUGCAGUUUGGAGGAAUACAAUGCCAAAUACAGUUUGGAGAUCACAAUGAACAGAAACACAAGUCUGGAUUCUUGGAGUUGAAAGAAUUCCUUCCCAAGGAAUACAUGAAAAUUAAAGGAAUUGAAAAGAAGAUAUUUGCAGAACACCGUAAGCUGAUAGGUUCCAGUGAAAUUGAUGCCAAAGUUCGCUACUGUUCCCUGUGUAGGUCUCUGAAGACCUAUGGUAUCACAUUCUUCCUGGUCAAGGAAAAAAUGAAAGGCAAAAACAAGCUUGUUCCCAGGUUGCUUGGUAUAACCAAAGACAGUGUGGUCAGGGUGGAUGAAAAGACAAAAGAGAUCUUGAAAACUUGGCCUCUCACCACAGUAAGAAGGUGGGCAGCUUCACCUAACAGUUUCACCCUGGAUUUUGGGGACUACUCUGACUCCUAUUACUCAGUGCAGACCACAGAGGGUGAACAGAUUUCACAGCUGAUUGCAGGGUACAUUGAUAUCAUAUUGAAAAAGAAAAAGGCCAAAGAUCACCUGGGCAUUGAGGGCGAUGAGGAAUCCACUAUGCUUGAGGAGAGUGUUUCCCCAGCAAAGGCCACCAUCAUCCAGCACCAGUCCUCCAAGACAGGCCAGGCUGUGACGGGCAAUGUGGCUAUGCCUGCAGUGCUGAGAGCUGGGGGUCAGGGCCAGGCCCAGUUCUCUCAUGGCAGCAUGCAGCAGCCACAGUAUGGCAAGAUACAGAACCAGUUCCACCAGGGGCAUGCUCCUCCAGCUGGCCAGAAUGCCCAGAUGCAGGGAAUGUCCCAUGCACAGAGAGGACUGUGGAGCUCUAUGAACUCAGCUAUCACAGAUAUAGAGACAGUAGAGGGCAGCAUGCACCAGAGAGCUGAGCUGCCUCCACUGGGGCCUGAUCAUGCCUCUAAGAAGUGGAAGGAGAAUGCACUGGAUGUCUCCAAACACCACAUUGGCUCUCAACUGUCCGCCAUGAACGCUGCCACGGCGCAGGUGGUCACUAUGACUUCUGGUGGACCAGACGACACUGACUACACAGCUGUAGGAUCGGCUGUGUCAACCAUUACUGCAAACAUGACUGAGUUUGCUAAAGACGUCAGAAUGCUGGCUGCACUACAGGAGAGUGAUGAAGUUGGAGAUAAUCUCCUGGAUGCUGCAAGAAGACUUGCAGGUGCAUUCUCAGAUCUCCUGAAAGCUGCCCAGCCUGGAAGCUCAGAGCCACGUCAGAACCUGUUGACGGCUGCCAGUAAGAUAGGAGAGGCCAGCAAUGAGGUGAUGAAGACUGCAGGAGACGGGACAGACGAGGUGGACAAGGCAUUCCAGGAUGCUCUCCUGGCUUUGGCUAAGGCAGUGGCCAAUGCCACGGCCGCUCUGGUACUGAAGGCCAAGGGAGUGGCCAGUAAGUGUGAUGACCAAGCUUUACAGAACCGUGUGAUCAGCUCAGCCACACAGUGUGCUCUGGCCACCUCACAACUUGUAGCCUGCACCAAGGUUGUAGCCCCUACAGUUAGCAACCCAGCUUGCCAAGAACAGCUGGUAGAGGCAGCAAAGUUAGUGGCAAAGUCAGUAGAAGGUAUUGUGGAGACUGCACAGACUGCCUGUAAAGAUGACAGACUACUGCAGGAGUUGGGAGCAGCAGCCACAGCUGUCACCAAGGCUUUGAAUGACUUACUACAGCACAUUAAGCAGGGGUCUGGAGGAGGACAGGGAGGCCAGCAGGAGGUAGCUGUAGAGGCUAUACUGGGAGCCACAGACCGUCUGUUCAGUAGCAUGGGGGAUGCCCCAGAGAUGGUACGACAGGCAAGGGUACUGGCUCAGGCCACCUCCCAGCUUGUGAAUGCUAUCAAGGGGCAGGCAGAGGGUCACUCAGAACCAGACAUGCAGAAACGCCUCCUGGCAGCAGCUAAAGUAUUGGCUGAUGCCACAGCAAGGAUGGUGGAGGCAGCUAAGGGCUGUGCCUCCAACCCCAAUGACUCUUCCCAACAGCAGCACCUUAAGGCAGCCGCUGAGGAUCUGAGGUCUGCCACAAAUAAAGCGGCCAGUAAUGCACUCAAGAAGAAGCUAAUUAAGACUUUGGAGGUGGCUGCCAAACAGGCUGCCUCUGCUGCCACCCAGCUGAUCAAUGCAUCUCAAGCAGCUGAGAAAUCAAACAGGAACCCUGCCUCCCAGAACCAGCUCAAUGCUAGCUGUAAGAGCACAGCUGAUGAAAUUCCCAAGUUGGUGCAGGGUAUUCGGGGCACCUUGCACUCUCCAGACAGUCCUACAGCCCAGCUGAACCUUAUCAAUGCUAGUGAAGAUAUGAUUCAGGUGAGCAGUCGUCUAGUGAACAGUGCUAAGGCUGCUACUCCCACUGUCUCAGACCAAGCCACUGCUCUUAGUCUCACUAAUGCUACCAAGAACAUGUCAGCAGCCCUGGCAGAACUGAGGACAGCUGCAGCAAAGGCACAGGAAGCUUGUGGAACGCUGGAGAUAGAUGGUGCUCUGGCUCACAUCAAUGACCUGGAAAGGGAGCUGGAAGAAAUAGAACAAACAUGUCAGGCUGGUAAACUGCUGCCACUGCCUGGAGAGACGAUGGAAUCUUCAGCCCUCCAGUUGGGCCACACCUCCAAGACGGUAGGCUCUUCCAUGGCUCAGCUCCUCACAGCAGCUGCCCAGGGAAAUGAGAACUACACAGGAAUUGCUGCUAAAGACACCGCCAAUGCCCUUGGUGUCCUCACCAAUGCUGUUCGUGGUGUGGCAGCGUGCUCAGAUGACAGGAAAGUCCAGCAGAAUAUCAUCGAUGCGGCCAGAGAUGUCAUGGAUAAAUCCGCCAGGUUGAUUGAAGAGGCAAAGAGAGCCGUCAGUAGUCCUAACAGUCCUGAUAACCAGCAGAGGCUGGCACAGGUUGCUAAGGCAGUGUCACAUGCACUAAACAACUGUGUGAACUGUCUCCCAGGACAGAGGGAUGUAGAUGCUGCCAUCAAAGAAAUCAGCAGCAUGAGCCAGACUAUAUCUUCAGGACAGUUUCCACACACAGACAAGAGUUUCUCCGAGGUUCAGAAUGAGAUGAGUGCUGCAGCCAACAACCUGAACCAGGCAACCACAGAUGUGGUGGCAGCUGCCCAGGGUACCCCACAGCAGCUGGCUUCUGCCUCCAACAGCUACAGCAAGUCCUAUUCUGAACUGGUCAAUGAAGGGAUGACAUUUGCUGGAAUGACCAAGGAGAGGGAGGUCCAGUCCCAGAUAGUGAGUGGUCUGAAAAGUGUAUCUAUGGUGUCCAGUAAGCUGUUACUGGCUGCCAAGUCGCUCUCUGCUGACCCCAAUGCUCCCAAUGCCAGGAACUUGCUGUCCCAGGCAGCCAGGGCGGUCACUGACAGUAUCAACCAGCUGAUUGAUAUAUGUACCACAUCAGCACCAGGACAAAAGGAGUGUGAUAAUGCAUUGAGGCAGAUACAGGUGAUGCAUAAUGUGCUAGACAACCCAACAGAACCUGUUAGCGAUGCCUCAUACUUUGACUGUGUGGACUCUGUGAUGGAGAAAUCAAAGGCACUAGGAGAUAGUAUGUUAGGUAUAACAGACCAUGCCAAGAGAGGUGCACUGGAAGAGUUUUGUGGCUCUGUCAAGCAGUUUGCUGGAUCUGUGUGUGGACUCACUGAGGCUGCUGCACAGGCAGCCUACUUGGUGGGGAUAUCAGACAGAGCUUCUGAACCGGGAAAACCAGGCCUGGUUGACCAGUCCCAGUUCUCACGGGCAAACCAAGCCAUCCAGAUGGCAUGUGAGACUCUAACAGAUCCCUCCAGCACGCAGCAGCAGGUGCUGUCAGCAGCUACAGUGGUGGCCAAACAUACGUCUGCGCUGUGUAACAUCUGUAGAGUGGCAUCAUCAAAAACAACCAACCCAGUGGCCAAGAGACAUUUUGUGCAAUCAGCUAAAGACGUAGCUAACAGUACAGCAAACCUGGUGAAAGCUAUUAAGGCAUUGGACUCUGACUUCUCCGAGCAGAACCGUAAGAGAUGUGCAGAUGCGGCCAAGCCUCUGAUUGGAGCUGUGGAGGAGCUGACCACCUUCGCCUCCUCACCAGAAUUCACCAGCGUGCCAGCAAAGAUCAGCAGAGAAGCCAGGAAGGCGCAGGAGCCUAUCAUCUCCUCUGGCAAGGCGAUGAUCGAUGGAGCCUGUCAUAUGGUGAAGGCAGCCAAGCAGCUGGCAGCUCAUCCUAAAGACCCUCCAACCUAUUUACUGUACUCCAAUCACUCCAAGAGCGUGUCUGAUGCCAUCAAAUCUCUAGUUGCUGCCAUGAAAGAGAGUGCACCAGGCCAGAAGGAGUGUGAUGAUGCUAUAGAGAAGGUGACCUCUACCAUCAAGGAUUUGGACCAAGCAGCUCUGGCUGCCAUUAGUAACAGUCUGCCAGCUAGGAAUGACAAUAACCAACAGGGCUUCCAGCAGCAGAUGAUAAGUUGUGCUCAAGAAAUAGCAGAUAGAAUAGACCCUGUGCGAACUGCAGGCAAGGGAGAGGCAGAGAAACUGGGCCACUUGGUUACCAACAUGGCCUCGUAUUUGGAUCCCCUGGCUGAUGCUGCAGUGGGCACAGCUUCUAAGAUCAUGAACUCUAAGAGACAGAUGGCAGUAUUAGACCAGACAAAGACUGUGGCAGAAUCUGCUCUACAGUUGAUAUAUGUGGCAAAGGAAGGGGCUGGCAAUCCAAAGUCUAAUGAUGCCCACACAGCCAUAGAUGAUGCAGCAGACAAUAUGAAGGAGGUGAUGGCAGAUCUACUGCAGACCAUGGAGGAGGCCUCAGCCACGGCCGGAGUGGUCACAGCAAUGGUGGACAACCUGGGCAAGGCCAUCGCCAAGACUGAUGACAGAAUAGUGGUUCAUGAGAACCUGUCUUUUGUGGACUACCAGACCAACAUGGUGCGCCUUGCUAAGAAGAUUGCCCAGAUUGCUCAGGAUAUGGUUGGCAAAUCUAGUAACAACCCUGAGGAGCUAGGUGGCCUAGGUAACCAGUUGACCAGAGAGUAUGGAGAACUGGCCUCUGAGUCUCAGGGUGCCACAUCAUGUUCAAGUACUGCUGAGAUUGGUCACCAGAUCAAGAGGACAGUCCAGGACCUGGGCAGGCUGUGUAUAGAACUGGUCCAGGAUGCAGGGCAUCUACAGAGCAGCCCUGGAGAUAGCUUUGCCAAGAGAGACCUGGUAGAACAUGCCAGGGCUGUCUCUGAGAAGGUGUCCCAUGUACUAGCAGCUCUCCAGGCUGGAGCUAGGGGCACACAGGCCUGUAUCAAUGCUGCUCAUACAGUGAGUGGGAUCAUUGGAGACCUGGACACUACCAUCAUGUUUGCCACAGCAGGGACGCUCAACCCUGAUGCAGACACGGAACAGUUUGCUGACCACAGAGAGGCUAUACUGAAGACAGCCAAGGCUCUAGUAGAAGACACCAAGACUCUAGUAGCUGGUGCUGCUGCCAACCAAGAACAGCUGGCAGGGGCUGCCCAGAGCGCAGUCAGGACAAUAACUCGUCUCACUGAUGUGGUCAAGUUUGGAGCUGCAUCCCUGGGCUCUGAGCAGCCUGAGGCACAGGUGCUCCUGAUCAAUGCAGUGAAAGAUGUGGCCUCGGCUCUGGCUGAUCUCAUCAGUUGUACCAAGAAUGCUGCGGGAAAACCUGUGCAAGACCCAUCUAUGUCGAACCUCAAGGACUCCGCUAAGACUAUGGUGACCAAUGUGACAUCCCUCCUGAAGACAGUGAAGACGGUCGAAGAUGAGGCGGCCAGAGGAACCAGAGCACUGGAGUCCACUAUAGAGGGCAUCGCACAGGAGAUUAGGGCAUAUGAGAGCAGUGACAAGUCUGACCUGAAGGCCACCCCAGAAGACCUGAUCCGGCACACCAAGGCAAUCUCCAAUGCUACAGCCAAGGCAGUGGCUGCAGGAAACUCUGGCAGACAGGAGGACAUCAUUGUGGCUGCAAACAUGGGACGCAAGGCAGUCUUUGAUAUACUGGUGGUCUGCAAGGCUGCUGCUCAGAGUGCAGAGACGGAGGAGAUCAAGCAUAGGACGCUGAGAUCUGGACGUGACUGUGCUCACAACUUCAGAGAGCUGCUUGACUUGGUGCACCUGGCCAUCCAGAAGCCCACCUAUGAAAACAAGCAGAGUCUUGGACAGGCAUCCAAGAAGGUGGCCAACGCUGUCACAGAAAUUGUACAGUCAGCCGAGGCUAUCAAAGGCACAGAGUGGGUAGAUCCAGAUGACCCCACAGUGAUAGCUGAGAAUGAACUGCUCACUGCUGCCAACUCCAUUGAAGCUGCUGCAAAGAAACUGGCAGCUCUGAAGCCAAGGCAACCAGCCAAGAGGGCUGAUGGCAGUCAGGAGGCAGAUGAAAGUCUGAACUUUGAGGAACAAAUCUUGGAGGCAGCUCGCUCCAUUGCUGCAGCCACAGCGGCGCUGGUGAAGGCUGCUGGUACUGCACAGAAGGAACUUGUAUUGCAGGGCAAGGUGACAGCAGCCUACAGAGCCUCUUCUUUCCUGGAUGAAGAUGGCCAGUGGUCACAGGGACUCAUCUCAGCAGCCAAGAUGGUUGCUGCGGCCACUCACAACCUGUGUGAAGCUGCCAACUCCAUGGUCCAGGGGAAUGCCAGUGAGGAGAAGUUGAUCUCCUCUGCCAAACAGGUGGCUAGCUCUACAGCACAGCUGCUGGUGGCCUGCAAGGUGAAGGCAGAUACCGACUCUGUGUCCAUGCAGAGACUACAGGGAGCUGGUAAUGCUGUGAAGAGGGCCACAGAGGCCUUGGUGAGGGCAGCCCAGCAGGCCAAGGAACUAUCUGAGGAGGAACAAAGUCUGACUAUCAACAAACGUAUGGUGGGAGGAAUGGCACAGAUCAUCAUGGCUCAAGAGGAGAUCAUACGCAAAGAAAAGGAACUCGAGGCAGCCAGAUCGCGGCUGGCAAUGAUCAGAAAAGAAAAAUACAAGGACAACCCACCAGAGGAAACAGAUGCUGUGUGGUGAUCACAUGGUCAUAAAGACAACAAUAUUAAAAACAAAAAUGUAUAAAUCUAUAUAGUGUUUAACAUAUGACAUCCAUUCGAAGUAUAGAUACUCCAUGAACUUCUGUUGGUUAAGUGGCAGAAUGGACCUGAUCAUGUUGAAUGUGGAUUGAGGCAUUGAGAUGGGAGACGUUUGACUUAAUGUUAUGCGUAAACAUUAAUUUAAUACCAUGCCUUGUACACCAUCGAAUUUGCCAUUUGUCGCACCAUUAUGCCAAAUUUGAGAUUCUUCAAAUCUAAUAUAUAAAUUGUUAUAUACACCAUUCGAACCAUGAGGAUGAAACGAAUAGACUUUCUUUUUCCUUGUGAUUUAAAGGUAAUAUUAUUUGUGCCUACAUACAUAUCAUGAUAUUCAGUGCCUACUAUUUGGUGCUAUUCCAAUUUAAUUAAGUAGUAUUUUUUUUCUGUAGUGAUGUUUAAAGAAGAUCACAUUUAUAUUAACACAGGUAAAAUCAUGUAGAACACAAGCACCCAAGAGUAUUCAUUUUUUCAUUAUUGGAUACAUUGACAAUGGUCAUAUUUCUGUAUUCUUUUAAGUUUACUAGUAUUUUAUUGUUCCAAUAUUAAGAGCAACCCCCUCCCCAAGAGAUAACCUCUAUUGCAGUAGUAGUAAUACUAGGACUAGAAUUUUAGGGCUAAAAAAUUUAGAACUAGAAAAGUAGGAAUUUUGAAGGGGUCAAUUGAUUUGGUUCUUAAAUUUGAGUAACAGAAUGCCAUUAUUAUGUAUAAAGCUUUUUCAUUUCA